CCUCCUUAGCAUUUAUAUUCCUCAGAUAAUGGCAUUGGGCAAACAUUUGACAGUUUCUAAAAGCCACACCCCCAGUUCAUAGAGAGACCCGGGCAAGGAAUAAAAUUGGCAGAAAAAGAAAACACUGAUCCACAGGUGAUUUCUGCAUUGAUCUGUGGGCGCCGGCACUGAGAAUGGGGAUUUCUGCGGGGAGAAGAGAUGGGUGAUGGAUGCCACAGAGAGGGAAAUACAGGAUCGUACAAGAUGAUCGGGGUAGGGGUGAACCGACAGAGCCUCAGUGAGUUCAUUAGUGCUGGGGGUUCCGCCUGAGCAGAAUAAUUUGCCGGAUCAGACAAAACGAAGGAUCUGCAUGAACCCGACGGAAUUCGUCAUGUGCCUACCAUGAUUUCUGCUUGCGCAUGGUCUCACUUUUCUGUCUUUGUUCUUUAGCUUGUGUGGUGGGGGAGAGGCAAGGGUACCGCCCUGUGUUUGGAGAGCGCCUAGAGCUAAAUGUAAUGUAAGCAAUGAUUGCCAUUAAUAAAGGACGAUAAGGAGCGGGAACUGAGGGAGUGUGUGUAGAAGGCAGGUGGGGGACCCCAGAAGUGCACAACGGACACAGUAACAUCCAUUGGGUAUAAAAUAGUGAUUUAAUCAAACCACCGGCAUCCCCUCCACACUGUUACCAACGUGCGUUAAGGGAUGAAGUGCUAAGAACUGGACCUGAAGCAAAAUCCCGCAUCCAUCCAGCUGCCCCUGAAAGUGGCGGGAUUGAAAUCUGAACCUGGCCCCACAUUUUGCAAGUGCACCCCCCCGCCCCCAACUAUCCAGUAAACUAGAUCAGAUCCGGUGCCCUACCCCGCCCCCCUCCUCAGCCUUUGGGGCGUCUGGAAUUUAGGCAUGAAUUUAGCAGCUUGACCCCCUCUCUCUCCUGUGCCCAAAGGUGCAGCAUCCUUGGGGCUUCCCGGGGAGGGAAGGGGCGUGGGGGGGAUGGUGUUGGUGAUCUGCAGAGAGGUGCCGGUUUCCUCCCUAAGCUGCGGUGGAUGCUACCGCUACCAGUGGCCGCGGUGGCUCAGCGCUCUGUGUGGCUGGCCGGGAUCCCCUCCUUCCCCGGUGCCCCCUGAGGGCAACUCCACCCCAAGCGUGGGUCCACCCGAGCUCAGGCAUCGCCGCUUUAAGCGGAGGACCACGCUGGGCGCUGGCGGGGGGGGGUCCCCGCGCCGCCCCUCGCUUCCCCACGUGGUCUCGGUCGGUGCCUGUGAAUUUCAAUCGCUGGAGGGUCGCUCUUGGUGCAGACACCGGGCGAAGCUGCCGGCGGAGCGGCCGGUCCCGGAGCUGAGAUCCCGACACCCCCUAGCCGGCCCCGAGGCUACCACCGCCGCCCGCCCAGCUGCCGCGUCUCAGCCCGGGGCUGGAGGGUCCCGGCGCCGCGCGGCGAUGAAUGAGCGGCGCCCGGAGCCGGGGAGCGGCGGGGCUGCACCGCCGCCAGGUCCCGGAGCAGCCGAGUGAAGCGGCGGCGGGAGGAUGAAGCGGCCGGGCCGGGCCGGGCUGGGCUCCCUGGCCGCGCUCUGGCUGCUGGUGCUGGGCUCGCUGCUGGGGCUCUGGACCGGCUUGCAGCGGGAGCAGGAGCAGGCGGCGGAGCAGGAGCGGCGCUUCCCCGCGGGGACAGCCGGCCGGAGGCAGCCCCAGGAGCAGCGGGGCUGGGGGCGCGGCGGCGCGGGCGAUUCGGCUCCCGACAGCCGCUCGGCGGGGCAGGGCGAGUCCCGCGGCGCCCAGAAAACUUUCCGAGCGCUGCUCACGCUGCCGGCCGCCGGGGACAGGGGCGAGCCCCUGGAGGGGCAGGAGCAGCCCGCGCAGCCCCGCGAGGGGCCCGGACAGAGCUCGCAGCCGGAGCCCCGGCAGGGGCAGAACUUGGAGCCUGGUUCCAGGGAGCCGCCGGCCCGGGAGGCUCCGGCGGACCCCGCCUCCGCGGUGCAAGGGGGCAUCUUCUGGAGCCAGGCGCUGGAGCAGCAGGUGCCCCCGGGCUUCGACCCGGAGCAGGCGGCCUCGUGGUUGGAGACUGCCCGAGCGGCUCGCGUGGCCUCUCUGGAGCGGGGCGGGUGCGGCCGCAGCUCCAACCGGCUGGCCCGGCUGUCGGACGGGAGUCGCGCCUGCGUCCGCUACGGCAUCAACCCGGAGCAGAUCCAGGGCGAGGCGCUCUCCUACCAGCUGGCCGAGCUGCUGGGCAUCCGGCAGCGCCUGCCGCCCAUGGCCCUGGCCCUGGUGGAAGCCCGCGGCAGGCAGUGGGGGCAGGUGCGGGACGAGCUGCGGGGCUCGCACUGGGCCGAGGGGGCGGUGGUCAGCCUCACCCAGUGGGUGGACAACUUGACCGACGUGGUGGCCCCCGCGCCCUGGAGAUCCGAGGCGGGGUCGGGCAGGAGACUGCAGCCUCUGGCGGCUGGGGAGCUGGGCGGCCUCACCCAGUCCCAGCUGGUGGAGCUGGUGCAGUGGACCGACCUGAUCCUCUUUGACUAUCUGACGGCCAACUUUGACCGGCUGGUCAGCAACCUCUUCAGCCUGCAGUGGGACCCCAGGGUGAUGCACCGGGCCACCAGUAACCUACACCGGGCACCCAACGGGGGCCUCGUCUUCAUAGACAACGAGGCGGGCCUGGUGCACGGCUACAGGCUCCUCUCCAUGUGGGACAAGUACAACGAGCCCUUGCUCCGCUCCGUGUGCAUCUUCCGGGAGGCCACUGCCCAGCGGGUGCGGGAGCUGCACCGCCUGCAGAACGCAGCCUCGGAGCUGCUGAGACUCUACCGGACUCACGAACCCCUCUCCGGCCGGCUGGGCUUCCUGUCCGAGCAGCAGGCGCAGCUGCUGCAGGGCAGGAUAGACUUUGUUCACAAGCACAUUUUGCACUGCAAAGCCAUGGCCACUUCACUGUGAUCAGUUUGUCUCUACUGUCUUGUAUUUAUGUAACCCGAGGGUGAGGAGUGGGUUUUCCCUACUAACCUUUUUGCAGUUGUAACAUUUUCUGGGAUUCUCUAAAUAGGAGACUGAAAUAAUUCAUUCAGGAACCAGUUUCCUCAUGGGAAGGAUGUGUAGGCUAGUGGGCUGAGUACAGGACUGGGACUUCCUGGUGGUGGUGGUAUAAAGAGCCCAGCUUCCUCAUCUCUGGCUGCUGGAGCCUUUUUAAUGGUCCAUUUAGUUGGGUGCUUAAAGGACUAGUCCUGUGAGACACUGGAGUCCCCUCUGCUCUCCUUUGACCUUAAAGGACUAGUCCUGUGAGACACUGGAGUCCCCUCUGCUCUCCUUUGACCUUAAAGGACUAGUCCUGUGAGACACUGGAGUCCCCUCUGCUCUCCUUUGGCCUCACAGAGAGUCAAAUGUACUCAGCUACUUAGGAGAGGCACUGGCAUAGGACUGGGCUCUCUACAUGGCUUUAGAUGCCUCAAUUUAGUUUGAAUAUUCUUUGCCCCAUGAAUUACUGUUGUUGGCCUCUGGGAAGGGACCCAAAAAAUCUGCCUCUGCUCACUGCAUCUGUGAAGCGUGGGUGAUAAUACUUACCUGCCUGCCUGGCAGGGCUUUUGUGAGGAGUAAUUAGUUAAUGUUUCUAAAGCGUUCUGAAGUUGAAAAGUGCUAUCAGUAUUAUUAUCUCUCUUUGUAUUAGUUCCACACUGGGUCUCUUUCCAGAGUUUAAAAAAAAAAUCAUAUCUCUUAAGUAUUUCCCUUAACUCACUCAGUACAACUGCCCACUUAAAAGACAGUGUACAAAACUAUUGUCCUUAACUGGCUGGUAUCAACUACCUUUCUUCUAAUGGAGGCAGGCAGGUACACUUAUGGAUUUUCUUGUUAUGACCAUUUAUUUUUUUAAAACCUGACAUUCAUAAACUAAAAACUGAUUGCACAGUACAGGAGCCCUUGAUUAGCAAAACUGCCAUAUCCAUGGAGGCUCUUUUCCUAUUGGUGUCUCUAUCCAGAAUGGAUCUAUUAACUGUUUGUUAAUCUUGUCAAUGAAAAGUAUAUAGAGAGUAAUAUUCCAGUAGUUUGUCAUCUUUGUUGUCAGAAGCAUCUGGUUAAUCUGAUGGGGUUAUAAGUGUCUGUUAUUUCUAAUCACUGUCAUUUGGUUUGAAUGCUAAAAUAACUGACUAAUGGGUGAAAAGAAAUUAUCCCAGGGUUUUAAAUAUUGUUAUUGUACUAAGACUUUGGACACAUUAGUCAAUGGGGGGAAAUCAGUUUCAUGCACUUUACUUUGACUUUUUAUUUUUUAUAAGAAGACUUUUAUUUUACAAAGUCUGCCUUUUCUGUACAUUAUAUAUGUUCAUAAGUUCUUCUGUAACAUACAAAAGAAACUGAUAUUUCAGUAAAAGGGUCUUAAUGUUUUA